AAGGGCGGCAGGGAGUGAUGGUGAAUGGCCCAGGGGAGCUUCUGGAAGCCCGCAGUGGCACACACCCGACACUACAGUGGAGUGAUUCUCAGAACACCAUGUCCUCAGGAACUGGAACCCAGGCUCUUAUGCCCCCGAGGGCUUCCAUCUUGUCACUCUCUCUACAGGGAUCUUAGAACAUGUAUGAUGAAUCUGCUCAUCCUACAAACCGGUGUUGGAUCCAGAUGGACUCCUUAAGCUUUCCGGAUGAUGUGGAAAGCCUGAAACGCCACCUGGUGGGACUGCUCAGUGAGAACCUUGAAUGGCUGACCUCGAAGGCCAAGUUCUUCCUGCCUGACCUAGACUUGAUUCCUGUGGACGAGACCCCAGAUCCCACCCAGAAAGUCUUCCUGCUCCUUAGCAAACUUGAAGCCCAUGGCUCUUCUACAUGGCGGACCUUCAUCGAUUGUGUCUGCAUGGAACACAUUAUGCCCCUGCACCUGGAGACCAUGUUACUGAGUGUCUGGGGUAUAGAUAGUGAGUUUCCAAAGGAGAUCAGAUACUUCUGUGAGGAUGCUCUUCCUAAGUCCCAGCUCCUUCAUUCAGGCCUCAAGCAAUCCUCCUCUGAGAUAGGCUCCUCACCUCGUCGAAAAAGGUCCAGACAGCAGCAGCUAGAGUCAGUUAGAAGGUAUGAGAAGCUCCUGAGGACUUUGCUCCUGCAGAGGUAUGGGAGCACACACGUAAGAACCACCAUGCCCCAGCAAGGACGGCCAUUUUCCUUCAGCCAGACCUAUGUGGACCUAGUCGUGCAUCGGAGCAAGGUAACCUGGUUGAAGGAGAACCCAGAGAAGCCACAGGGUGAUGCUCUGUCAGAACCUCUUGAGGCAGAGGAUGGGACUAAUUUGAAGGUCCAGGACCUAUUCAAAGGCCAGUCAGGUGCAGGCACCAAGGUAACAGUCCUGCUUGGGAAGCCAGGGGCAGGGAAAAGUAUGCUGAUGCAUCGAAUCUGCCAAAAGUGGGCAAAUGGCGAGCUGGGCCAGUUCAGCCAGGUCUUCCUCUUUGAAUUCCGCCAGCUUAACUUAGUGAAGCAGGAACUGACCCUCUCCCAGCUCCUCUUUGAGUUAUACCUGAGCCCAGAGGAUGAGCGUGAUGCUAUCUUCCAGCAUCUUCAAGAGAAUGCCCAUCGGGUUCUGCUGGUCUUUGAUGGGCUGGAUGAGUUCCUCCAUCCCUGGUCUAGUCGAGGGUCCUGUGUUGAGGACUCCCUAGAUCCUACCCUGCCUCUGCCUGUCACCACACUGUUCUCUAGCCUCUGUAGUGGAUCCCUCUUGCCAGGCUGCUGGGUGGUGACCACCUCACGCCCUGGGAAGAUCCCAGACUUCUUGCUGGAAACGGCCACAUCAGUGUUUGAGGUCUGGGGGUUUAACGGGCUACAGAUUGAGAAGUAUGUCAGCAACUUCUUCCACGGACUGACCUUUCAGGAUAUCGCCCUCAACCAACUCAGGGACAAUACCCAGCUCCUGAGCCUGUGCUCUGUCCCAGCUCUGUGCUGUAUCAUCUGCAUCUGUCUCUAUCACCUCCUGCUCCAGGGCAGUACCAUUAACUUCCCUUCAACAGUCACCCAGGUCUAUAUGCAAAUGCUCCAUGUCUUCAUUAGCAGGAAGCAGGGGACCUCGGAGGACAAGGGCACCUGGCUGAGCAAGUACUCCCAGGCUCUUCUGGGCCUUGGUGAAAUAGCCCUCGAGGGGCUAAAUGCCAAGCAAAUAGUAUUCUACCCAGGUAAAAUACCUGAACGGGUAGUGGCCUUUGCAGCUACCCACAACCUACUGGCCUCCUUCAGGGUAAAGACGGGAAUCCAGCAGCAAACAACAUGCUAUGCCUUUGUCCACCUCAGCCUACAGGAGUUCUUUGCAGCCCUGUAUCUGAUGGGGAGCCCCAACGUAGAUGAGGCUAAGCUGUGCGACCACUUCUUUCUCAAGUCCAAAUGGCCCCUGAGGACCGAAGCCAAGACAGAACUCAUGGAUCGCUUCCAUACCUUUUUGUCGGGCCUCUCCUCCCAGACCUGCCAGUCCUUCCUGAGUCAGUUAUCACAACAGGAUGAAGCCUGGGUGGGUACCAAGCAGGUGGCCAUCCGGCAAGUGUUACAGAACCUGGCAGGCCGAAGCCUAACAGGCCCCAAGAUAAUAGAGCUGUGCCACUGUGUUGGGGAGACCCAGGACACUGAGCUGGUUAAGCAGGCUGGUGGGCACUUUCCUCUCAGUCUGGACUUCCACAAUUUCCCCCUGAACUACACUGAUUUGGCUGCCCUGACCUCUCUUAUCAACCACGCUCCUGUUCCUAUGCAUCUCGAUUUUUCUGGCUGCUCUUUGGAGCCCCACUGCCUCGAUGCUCUAGCUGGCUGUAAGAAAAUUGAGAGUCUCAGGGUUAGAAGCAGGAAGUGCAGAGACGCUUUCGCAGAAGCCCUCUCCAGGACAUUGCCAACAAUGGGAAAUUUGAAGAAACUUGAGUUAACCGGAAAUAACAUCACAGUUCGAGGCAUUGGCCACCUGACACAAGCAUUUACAGACUGUCUUCAGCUGGAAGAGAUUAAUUUGCAGGACAAUAGACUGAAUGAUCCUUCAUGUCUAAAGAUCAUCGAGAUACUCCACAAGGUGCAACGGUUACAGAAAAUUGACUUGAGCCGAAAUGCAGUUUCUGAUCUGACAAUCCUUGCCUUGGCAAAGGAAGCAGUUUCUUACCCUAAAGUCACCACCUUGGAGAUUAGGCAAGCACAGAUCACCAUUCUCUUCUUUGUAUCCUCAAAAAAGGCUCUGGAAAUGCCUAGAUCCCAGAAUGUGAAGAAAAAUGAGCCCCCAGAGAAGGUUAUGAUUCAGGCCAGAAAGCUAACAUUCAGGCUUCAGAAAUGCAACCUUGCUGUUCACCAUGCAAAGGAGAUAGCUGAGAUGCUCAAGCACAGGCCCUACCUGGAAGAAGUAGAUUUGUCAGGAAACCGGCUGGGAGAUGAAGGCUGCCGAGAGCUAGCAGAGACCCUGCCUGAUUUGCAGAUCGCCAAACAGUUUAACAUCAGUGACAAUGGGUUAUCCGAGUAUGGUGUAUAUCGCUUGCUCACUUCAGCCAAUGCCUGCAAGAAUGUGGUGGAACUAGAUGUCAGCCUGAAGAACAAAACUGCCAUCCUCAGAUUUGCUGGGGAUCAGGAGGAGAAGGAUCAAGCCCAACCCAGAGCUACAGCCUCAAAUACCCAGCUAUCCAAGGACAGCCCCGAGCUACCAUCCCCUUCUGCCAGGGUGAUCAGACUAAGACACUGCGGUUUUCAGGCCAGGGACCUUGAGAAGCUGUGUCCGGAACUAGGCAUUUGCAGCCAUCUUGACUUAUCCAACAACCAUUUGGGCAACAAAGGCAUUGAGAAACUGACUCGCCUCCUCCCAGACCUGAGAUCCCUGCAGUUCCUGACCUUGAAUGAGAAUAGAGCAUCCAUGAAAGCUGUGUUCUACUUAGCCUCAACUUUCUCUGACCUGGAGUGGAUCCAUGAGGUAGACAUCAGCUUGGGAAGGCAACAAUCCAUCCACCUGAGAUGCAUUGGGAGAGCCAGCGAACAAAGUACCUCUGGACAGUGGGCAAAGCAGAAGACUCAGCAGGAUGCACACUUUCCCAGGAGCUUUUGUCUCAGAGAGUGUCAAAUGGACCCCCAAAACUUAGAGAAGCUACUUCAGAUUCUAAAGACAUGCCAAAAACCGCUGGAGAUCAAAUUCUCCCAUGUUACCAUGAGUGAUCAGAGCAUUGAGAUGCUACGGGACCACUUACCCCAGCUCCAUAAUCUGAGCCUGUUACAACUCAGCCAGACCACUUUGUCCCUAAAUAGUGUCUUCUUGCUGGCCGGUGCCAUUAGCCUAUGUGAACAAAUUCGAAAGGUGGAAGUCAGGUCCCAGAAGUAUGCCUGUCUGUACUUUACUCCUGGCAAGAGGAAAGGAGUGUCCUGUGGGCUCAUAGGUUGUUGCAUCAGCCCAGUGAAUAUGGAGCAGCUGUGUCGUACACUACGGCAGUGCAAAGAUCUGAGUCACCUUGAUCUGUCAGGAAACUUACUGGGUGAUGAAGGGCUCAGAUAUCUUCUGGAGCAUUUACCUCAGAUGAAUCUCUCUGGCUCACUCAACCUGAGCCACAAUGGUAUCUCUCAGGAGGGCGCUCUACACUUCAUCAUUGCUCUGUCCACCUGCAGACAGGCCCAUGAAGUCUCACUGAGCCUGGAUCCAGAGCAGAAGAUUCUGAUACAGUUCUCAGAGCACCAAGAGCCCAGAAAGACCCUGAGGCUGACCAGAUUCAACCUCCAGCCGGAGCACAUUGCCAAGCUGGACACCCUGGGGGAGCAAGUGCCAAAGCUGACUGAUCUCAUAUUGGCCAAUAACACAGUAUCACUACGAGGGUUGCAACUUCUCUUGAGUUUAGUGAGGCUGCCAUCAGGAAUACUGAGGAUCAGUGUUGAAGAGCCAUGGGUGACCAAGGCCAGUGUCACUACCCUGCUGGAGGCAAGUGUCCAGGCUUCAGGCAACAUCAUCAGGAUAAACAUCUCCAGACAACAGUCUCUCCUCCACAUUGAAGAAACAUUUUCCCAGCAGACAGAGAAUCCUGCAGUCACGACUUUCAGACUGGCUCAGUGUGACCUAGGAGCCAGUCAGACAUUUCCUUACAGACUGAUCCAAUAUGACCUAGGAGCCAGCCAGAUCUUUCCUUACAGACUGAUCCAGUGUGACCCAGGAGCCAGCCAGACCUUUAUCUUCAGGCAGGUGGUUGAAAAGUGCCUUAGACUACAGGAGCUUAGUUGGUCCGAGGUUCACUUGUGUGAUACCAGUGCCCAGCUACUCCAGACUCUGCUUCUCUCUCUCCCUGAAUUGAAGAAACUCAGGUUGACAGCCAUCGUGGUGAGCCCUGUCGGGGUAUACCAAGUAGCAUCUGGGCUGAGUUGCUGCAAUACUGUGGAAGAGCUAGAUCUAUCCAAGAAUGAGUUCAGUGUGGAAGACACCAGGGUGCUAAUGGGAGCUCUGGAAGGGAAGUGCCAACUUAGGAGUCUGAACCUCAGUUCCCUGAAGUUGGAUGACCAGACAUUGAGUGAACUAGCCCAGAGACUUCAAAGAAUGUCCCUCCUGCAGAGACUUGACUUGAGCAACAGUGGUCUCAGCAGCGUCAGCUGCUCCUACCUGUCAGAUGCCCUCAGGGGUGCUACCAACUUGGAAGAUCUGAACUUGAGUCACAACAAGAUCGAAGAUGCUGGGGUGCAGUAUUUAUCAGCCAUCCUGCCCACGUUGCUGCAGCUCAGAAAGAUUGACCUCUCGUGGAAUGGCAUCAGCCCAGCAGGAGGCAGGAGGCUAGCUGAAGCACUGGCACUGUGUGUCCAGGUGGAGGAGUUACACUUAGGGGCCAAUACAAUGGGGGACAUGAUGGCCAUAAGGCUCGCCCAGAACCUGCCACAUCACCUGAAAGUCUUGUACCUUUGUUCCAACCAGAUUGGCAUCGAGGGGACACUGAGCCUGGGCCAGGCCCUUGCCAGAUGCCAGUGGAUAGAAGAAAUCAGCUUGGCAGAAAACAUCUUUGCUGAAGGGAUUUUGCCUCUCUCAGAGGGACUCCUGAAGCUCAGAAAGAUUAACCUCACAUCCUGCAAGAUUAACGACCAGAUGACCAAACCUCUUGCCAGUAGCUUGAUUCUCUGCCAUGAGCUUGAGGAGAUCCUGUUGGCCUGGAAUUCCCUUGGGAACGAAGGGGCCAGUGAGCUAGCCCAUGUUCUGCCUCAGAUGAACCAGUUGAAGAAAUUGGAAAGUUUGGAGGGCAAUCAGAUCGGUUCCCUGGGAGCACAGCUGCUGGCAAAGGGGCUAGCCAGGGGUCUUGGAAUUCAAGUCAUAUGCCUGUGGAAGAAUCCAGUCCCCAAGGACACAGCCCAGUUGCUCCAGGGCCAGGAUCCCAGACUGAACUUCUCCUAACCAACCCCAAGGGAGCCCCAGGAUUCCUCCCUUAGGCUUACCAGAUCCAUGCAAGGUGGAUGUAUGGCCCCUUUGCAGAGUGGGGGACCAACCAGAUUCAGCUGCUGUCCCUACCCAGGGUACCCAGGGCAUCCUCUCCUUGUCCUCGAAUGUCCCUGAUGUGGGGUCAGUGGGAUGCAACCUUCCAGGCAGAUCCCUCCUCUCCUACAAUAUCCCUCAAGGAAGGUAUCUACUUUGGACUGGACAGAGCAGGGCAGGCCCUUUGCCUCAGUGUUUCCCCCCCUCUUGCUUUAGUUUGCUCGUCUCUAAAAGAAGUGGUACUGGAUGAUCUCUAAAGGUCCCUUCCACCUCUAACAUUUUACAGUCCUAAGAGUCUAAAGUGACUCAACAGAAAGCGAGCACUGGCUCUGGAGUCAGAGGGUCUGGCUUCAAAUCUAGCCUCCGAUGCUUACUAUCUCUAUGACUUUAGGCAAAUUGCUGAAUUUCUCUGUGCCUCACGUUUCCUUCUCUGUAAAAUGAUGGGGUUGAACUUUUGAAGUUCCCUUCCUCGGAUACAUUUAUGAUCCUAUCUAUGUGUGUUUCCAAUGGAGGAAGUGCUACAUAGUAUAAUGGUGUUUAAUACAUUGUGUAACAUGGAGUAUAAAAUAUGAUGUAAUUCAGGAACAAAGGCAUAACCACCUUCCUGCGGGCAUCAGUCUGAUCUGAACUCUGUUUAAUUUAUUUUUUUAAUUAAGCACGUAUAUACUUCAUUCCCAGAAUGACUGAACUGGAGAAACACAGUUCCAUCCAGCCUCCCCACUAGGCCUUUAGGCUGGGUGUGGAGGAAUGUGGGACAGCACUGAUCCAAACAGCUGGUGCACCCCUGAGUCAGGAGACCUCAGUUCUAGUCCUAGCACUCUCAUGGACUUACAUGUGUGACUUUGGGCAAGUCAUUUCCUCCAAGAUGCUGCUCACAAAAUCCAUCUGUCAUGAAGGAUCUCUAAGGUCCCUUCUACCUCUGAAAUUCUGUUAUUCAAUGGUAUAAAGUUUUGAGUCUGCGGUUUCUCUCAGGGUCCUCUAGGCUUCCCCUUCCCUUCUCAUUUGACUACUAAGCAAAUAUUGAAUAUCCUGUUUGCACAUAAUUUUUGCUUGUCUCCUUUCGAGGCUGGAAGUUCAUAUAGCACUGGCAUUGUUUUUCCCUUUCCUUGUAUAGGAGUGGGUGGAGCAAUGUGGGGUGUGAGGAUGCACUGAAACUCCCUUCCAGGCAUGUGAAUCUGAAAGGAGGGGUCCUGGGUUCAAGUCCCAUCUUUUAAUUUAUUUUGUGAGCUUGGAUAUGUAUCCUACCCUCUCUGAACUUGGGCUUCCAUAUCUGUAAAAUAGAGAUUAUACUACUUGAAUUAACUUGCUAAAAUGAAAAAGCACCGAAGCUGGAGUCAGAGGCCAAGAGUUACUUAACCUGUGUGGGCCUUAGCCUCCUCAUACAUAAAAUGAAGAGAUUGGACGGGACGGCCUCAGAGGUCUCCUCCAGCUCUAGAUCUCUGAUUCUGUGUGCCUACCUCAAAAGGUUAUUGUGGCAAAAUGUGUUUGUAAACAUUAAAGUGUAACGAGAAGUCUAA